ACCUAGAUAGAAAAUAAGGAUGCCUUUGGGAUUGAGCCCAAGUGUGUUUUUAUUUUGAAUGAUAAGGGGAUGUGCUUGUAGGAGCUAGCCGGGCUAAUCUCGACUGUAUUGUGGAAGUAUGAUAAUUGCCUGACCAGCAAGACCACACUCAUGAUGAACUUUGACGGUCUGGACCCGGGACUGGGUGAGUACGCGGCCGGCCUGCACGGAGGCCUGGAGCCCGGGCUGGACACGACACUGGACCCGGCGCUGCUGCAGGCUGUGGAGCUGGACCCGGACGCCAUGGCCGUGCCCGUGGCCGAGGGCAUGUACUCCGAGCUGCACAGCGUGGCGUCCGAGGUCGGAGUUCCGGUCACAGCGACCCACUUCGACUUGCACGAAGAGCUGCUGUGGAUCGGGAACCACCGGGGACACGCGAGCUCCUUUUUUGGGCCCACAAUGGGACGUUACUCCUCGUUUCAGGUGCACCUGGCUGAUGAUAUCCGCCAUAUUCAGAGCAUGGACACCGGCGUCCUGUUCCUGACCAAGAGUAACCUCAAGUGCCUUACACGUGGAGGCCUCAUCAUGUUCGACUACCCGAUGGAAGAAGGUGCUGAUAUGCACAGUUUGCUGCUCACUGACAAUAACACGCUGCUGUUGGGAGGUUUGCAGAACUACGUGACCGAGGUGGAUCUGAACACCGUGCAGGAAACGCAGAAAUUUACCGUGGAGAUCCCAGGCGUGGCCAUCAUGAGGCAGUCCAAUCGUUUCUUCUUUUGCGGACAUACGUCAGGAAAGGUGUCUCUGCGGGAUCUACGCACCUUUAAAAUGGAGCAUGAGUUUGAUGCCUACUCGGGCAGCCUUUCUGAUUUUGAUGUGCACGGCAACCUGCUGGCAGCUUGCGGUUUCUCGAGCCGCGGCCUCAACGGCCUGUCAUGCGAUCGCUUCCUAAUGGUGUAUGACCUCCGCAUGAUGCGAGCCGUUACCCCUCUGCAGGUGCACGUGGAUCCGCUGUUCCUCCGCUUCAUCCCCACCUACACCUCCCGGCUGGCCAUUAUCUCCCAGACAGGUCAGUGUCAGUUCUGCGAGCCCACAGGUCUGGCCAGCUUGGCUGAUAUUUUCCACGUGAACACAGUAGGCCAGCUGCUAAUGAGCUUCGAUGUGUCGAGCAGUAAGCAGGCGUUGGCGUUCGGAGACUCGGGCGGUUGCGUGCACCUGUGGUCCAGUGCCCCCGAUGUCUCCUUCAACGACUACUCCAGAGAGACGGAGCUGGCCCUUCCGUGCAUCGUGGACUCCCUGCCUCAGCUGGAUUGGAACCAUGAGCUGGUGCCACUUUCUCUGGUGCCCAUGCCACUUACCAGUACAGAGCCUCUGCUCUCAGAUUGGCCCAGCAACCUCGUCACUCCCAGCCCCAGACGUGCACCUCCAGUUGACCCAGAGAUUUUGAGGACGAUGAAGACUGUUGGGUUUAUUGGAUAUGCUCCCAAUCCUCGCACAAGACCCAGAAAUCAGGUUCCUUAUAAGAUAAAGGAGGUAGAGCUGGAGUAUGACAGCUAUAACCAGGUUCCAGAGUCUCCAAUUGGAAGAGAUGAGGAGCCUCACCUAUACAUGGUGCCAAAGAAGUACAGAAAGGUCACCAUCAAAUACUCCAAACUGGGACUGGAGGACUUUGACUUUAAGCAUUACAACAGAACUCUGUUUGCUGGUCUGGAGCCUCAUAUACCCAACGCUUACUGUAACUGCAUGAUCCAGGUUUUGUAUUUCCUGGAGCCGAUCCGAUGCCUGGUGCAGAAUCACCUGUGUCAGAAAGAGUUCUGCUUGGCCUGUGAGCUCGGCUUUCUCUUUCAUAUGCUGGAUCUGAGCAGAGGAGAUCCAUGCCAGGCCAGUAAUUUCUUGCGGGCCUUCCGGACAAUUCCGGAAGCGUCAGCUCUCGGCUUGAUCCUGGCUGAUUCGGAUGAGCAGACAGGGAAGGCCAGGCUAGGUCACUUAAUCCAGAGCUGGAACUGCUUCAUCCUCACACAGCUGCACCAGGAAACUCAGGAGCAGGAAGGACCUCAGGCUUACAGAGGGACCAGCAGUACACUGGGUUCCUCAGGGGAAUCGGUGAUCGGCAGGCUGUUCGGCUGUGAGGUGGAGAACAGCAGUCUCUGUCGCUGUGGGAAGGAGACGGUGCGCUCCUCACUCACUCUGCUCUUCACUAUGCACUACCCUGAGCAGAACACUCUAGAAAAGUGUCCUGAAUAUGACUUUGGUGACAUCCUGAAGAAGAGCAUCUGUCUGGAGCAGAGCACACAGGCCUGGUGUGAAAACUGUGAGAAGUAUCAGCCUACAGUGCAGACACGGAACAUCCGCUGUCUUCCUGACGUAUUGGUGAUCAACUGUGAGGUGAACAGUGUGAAGGAAUUAGACUUCUGGAAAGCCCAAGCUGAGUACUCCUUCAACAAGGCAUUGAAGAAAGAAGCUGCAGAACCACCAAAGCCCAAAGAGCCUCUUCCUACAGAGUGGUGUUUAGAGGAUGAAGCGUACAGCGUGGAAGGUUUAACCUUUGACACACGAGCAGAGGACCUGAAGCAUGUGUGGAUUCCACAGAGUCUAAAGAUGUGCAUUAAUAAGACUCACGGUCUGGAGGUGUGCAGCUGGACUGCGACUGAAGAGUUGAGUCCUGAGGAAGAGUCUGAAGGUGCUGCUGUUUACGACCUGGUGGUCACUGUGCCUCACAUUCAAGACACUCGUACAGGCGGAAACCUGGUGGCUCAUAUCAAAGUGGGAGAGACGUACCACCAGAGGAAAGAGGGGGUCACACAUCAGCAAUGGUAUCUGUUUAACGACUUCUUGAUUGAGCCUGUGGAUAAGACUGAAGCGGCUCAGUUUGAUCUAAACUGGAAAGUCCCGGCUAUCAUUUACUAUGCCAGGAGGAACUACCAUACUAAAUAUGACCUGCGGAUUAAAAACCCAAUUGAAGCCAACGUUCUGCUGACCGAAGCAUCGCUGGCCCGCAAGCAGAGGAAGAGUCAUGCCACUUUCAUCCCUCUGAUGGUGAGCGAGAUGCCUCAAGCUGGAGACCUUGUGGGACUGGAUGCAGAGUUUGUCACGCUCAAUCAGGAAGAGGCAGAGCUACGAAGCGAUGGGACCAAGUCCACCAUAAAGCCGAGCCAGAUGUCUGUGGCUCGUAUUACUUGUGUUAGGGGACAGGGGCCCAACGAGGGGGUUCCUUUUAUUGACGAUUAUAUUUCGACCCAGGAGCAGGUGGUCGAUUACUUGACUCAGUACUCGGGAAUCAAACCCGGUGACCUGGAUGCCAAGAUUUCUUCAAAGCACUUAACUACACUUAAGUCUACUUACCUCAAACUCCGCUUCCUUAUUGACACCGGAGUGCGUUUUGUUGGUCACGGUUUACAGAAGGACUUCCGAGUCAUAAACCUGUUGGUCCCGAAAGACCAAGUGAUAGACACAGUCUACCUCUUCCACAUGCCCAGGAAAAGAAUGAUCUCUCUGCGUUUCCUUGCCUGGUAUUUCCUGGACUUAAACAUUCAGAGUGAGACCCAUGACAGUAUAGAGGAUGCACGUACUGCUCUGCAGCUGUACAGGAAGUACUUAGAGCUGAACCGUGGGGGGCAGGAGGAGUUCCGGAAAGUACUGAAGGGCCUUUAUGAAAAAGGACGUAAGCUAGACUGGAAAGUGCCCGAGUCGGACUCUGCAGACAACCAGGGAAGCCCCAAAGGUACUGCUGUGUUCCCCUCAGUGCUUGGCUUAUGAUCAGAGUGAAAUUCCUUUUGCAACGGUAACAUUCCAGCCAGAUGGACUUCUCACUAUUCUUCACUCAUCCAUCCAGCGGUCUUCAGUAUUGCUAUGCGCAUUGUUUUGUGCAAACACUGGAAAAGCAAACACUGAUUUAUCCCAGUUAUUUUGGGAAAAGUGAACGUGCAGUUGGGGAAAAAAUAAUUGUUUAAUCAAAAAAAGAGUUCGGUCAGAUGUUUGUGCAGUGAAUUUGAAAAGUCUGCACACUCCUGUUACAACUGCAGGGUUUUAUGUAAGCAAAGAAAUCAUGUCAAAGCUUUUUCUAACUCUAAUGUGAUCUAGGAACCAAAAAAAAAUUGGAAAUGCUUUAGGGAAAUUAUGAACUUGGCACAGGUUGCGAGUUCGAAUCCCAGAGCCACCAAGGUGCCACUGCUGGGCCCCUGAGCAAAGGCCCUUAACCCUAAAAUUGCUCAGUUGUAUUUAAAAAAUUAAGUGAUAAAAUGGAUAAGAGCGUCCCUAUCCCUAUCAGAUUGCAAUAGGAUCCUCUGUACACAGCCCUCUCGUUCACUGUGUGACGUUAAAUGUGGAAGAAGUUCUGAUCGAGUCAUGAUUGAUCUUGGUUGCAGUUUUUCCAUCGCCGAAUCCUGCAAUUUUAACAGGAAUGUAUCCACUGUAGCUAACAAGUAAGGCAGGCACCAGAUUAGCAAAUCUUCACACCCUCGCCGUUGACAAGCGGCUUUGAUAUCCAAGUUUCCUGUUUGACGCUGUUAGGAAAUACAUUUUAUAAUAAGUAAAAAAAAUUAAAAAGUUGAAUUUGUAUAACAAUGAACUCUAUCUCGGUUCACUUUGUUAACUACAUUUUGAUAGACUUGUUAUAGACCCGUGUGUGGAACAUCUCGGCUGAUCGGCUUCAUUCGCACUAAAUCGAGAAGAACUGCGGAAGUUGACUUUUUGCUAGGAUUUCCCUUUUUGAUAUCGCACACAGCCUGAACCUCUGUGCUAACGAUCUGGGCGCUCGCUUUAUGAUCGAACGAUGUGCAGCAAUACUUUUGGGGGGAAACUCCACCCAGAAGUCACUUUAUAUAAAAGUAACUGCUAUAAUUAAGUUAAAAUCUCAAUAUAAAUGCCAGUGGAGGAUUGCGAUUGGAGCUAAACCUGCAUAUAUUUCCAUCUGGAUUUAUUAACUCCACAAUUUACCGGUGUUAUUGGAAUCACUUUUAUAGUGAUAAAACAUCUCGUAAUAAGCAUGUAAAGAAAUGUUCAAAUUGUGUCAUUAUUAAACAAUACCAGCAAUUUGGAGUUGGAUGAGCUAGCCACAUCCAGUCUAGUUUGACGAUAAUGGCUAUUAGUGACACCUUUUGAGUUUGCUUUAGAUGCAGAUUUUGAGAUUUUUGUGUUUUUUUUGUUUGUUUGUUUUGUUUUUUAAUAAAACAUUUUUUUUUUUCCUAUCACUGUAGUAUCACGAAUAUAUCAUUUGAUGUGACUGCACAGAGUACUGGGCCAGAUUUGCCGCAGCUUUUCCUGCUUUGACCUUCCUGUAAAGUCAAACAUUGCACUUACUGAAUUUUGGUGUUAGAACAGGAAGCCAAAGCACAUGUACUGUUGUGUUUUUGUAUUUUGUAACCAUGAUGUACACUUUGAUAAUGAGGCAGCUGAAUAAACUUCCUUCUUUUUUUUUUUUUGACACUUCGGGUGAUUUGGUGUCAUUAAUACUAUAAAGCAUGAGUACAAUGGGGAAAGGAGUAAGAGGGAAAUAUACUCCGUGAUGGACACCUGAUGUUUGUAGACAUUUUAGAAAAUGUAAAUCACCAUGUAAACCAGUCCAUCACAGGACCACACAUAUAGACAGACAACCACACAUACACACACUCACUCUUAUGGGCAAUUUACAAUUACCAAAUCAGCCUAAUGUUUUUUGGCUGUGGGAGGAAACCGGAGUACCAGGAGUGCCCACGCAGGUACGGGGAGAACAUGCAAACUCCACACAGAAAGGCCCCUGUCUGUUCGAACCCAGGA